AUGUCUCUCACAGAACGGCUGGAGAAGCUUCAGGCCCUUCUUGGCAAGGAAGUAAGCCUUGUUGACCCCCAGAAAGCUACGGAAUCACUCAAGGGCGUGGUUCCGGUGGAAUCGAAUCCUGAUUCCGACUGGAAAAAUGCAGCGAACCCAGGAGGUCAUGCCAAACUUGCCCAAGAUACUAUGCAUCGACACACGAGGUCCGAAGAGGCGAAGGAUCAAGAGAGAGCGAUGAGGCACCGGAAGGCAUUCGACCGCUCAAGCUUUCGCGUUGGCGAACCACUUGACGAGGAUGUACACUUUUGUCCUUUAAAGACGAUGGUGACAUACCCCGAGCGCUUUAUUGGCAAAACGAACAAACCUCUUGCGAAACCCUUCUUUGAUAGAAUUUUGUUGGGUAGAGUUUGGGAUUUCUUCUACCUGCACGACCCAAAAGAGCCAACGCGGGAUCCUUACCUCUUGGUGCCAACAGCGCAAUUCGAAGCUUUCCUGGAAGAUGUCAACGCUAAGCUCGGCAUCUCGCUAAAGAUCCCCAAUGGAGUCAACGAAAGUCGGUUUGCUCUCAAGUUUGGCCAAGGAGGCACACCACGACCACGGUACCUCAGACGGUCCGAAGACGAGACAGCACUGGAUAUCAGACCAUGGCCUCAGAUGGCCUCAGACGAUAUCCAGCGCUUCGAUGCGGCCACGAUGCAAAUGAAAGAUGACUGGAGUGACAAGAUGAAGUUGGUCAAGACUGGCUUGACUGGCAACGGCAGCAAGGGCACCAGCGAGAAAGCGGCUCGAAAGAAACGCGAACGAGAGCAAAUGGUUCUCGACACGCAAGCCCACCUCGGCCUGAGAGGUACACCACCGGCUCAAGGUGUGGUAUUCAUUUGUGUCGACGUUGAGGCGAUUGAACGGCCACCAAAUCCCAUCUCGGAAAUCGGAUUUGCGAUUCUCGAUACGAAUGACAUCAGAAACGUCGCACCUGGCCCAGGCGGUCAAAACUGGUGGACUUUGAUCAAUUGCCACCAUCUCAGAGUAUGGGAGUAUGCUGGGUUGAGAAACCAGCAAUAUGUGCAAGGAUGCCCGGAUUCAUUUGACUUUGGUUCAAGCACAUUCCCACGGAAAGCCGAUGUCCGAAAGGAGAUAAUGGCAAUUCUUGCACCAUACCUCGACGCCUCUCGAAAUAUCGUCAUUGUUGGCCAUGAUAUUCGCCAAGAUCUUCGAUGGAUUUCGACUCUUGGCGUGGACCUGCUUACCUUGAAGAAGGUCGUCGGGCAGGUUGACACACAAGACAUGUAUCAGGCGUGGCGGAAUGAGACAAAUGGACGAGGCCUGGGUAAGGUACUGUCCGAUCUGGGAAUCCCCAGCAAGAACCUCCACAACGCAGGAAAUGACGCUUACUACACAGUUUGCGUCAUGUUCGGGAUUGCCCUGGAACAGAUUCGGGAACACGAGGCCAAGCUCAAGGAGAAAGAAGACACUCCUCUCACUCAAGGGACAUAG